CACCAUCAUCAUCUUCAGCCUCCAGAACAUCCGGAGCUGUGCGGCCGGACUGUCAAACUUUCCUCUUCAAUCUUGAACCCCGAUCGCCAUGAACGCUGGGCCUGCUGCGUCCGAAGUGUACGCGCAACAACUCUUCAAACUCGCGCUAGGAUAUCCUCUAUGGGAGCCCGAGCCGAAGAAUGCGCCCGGGCAAGGCGAGGUACUGAUCGGCGAUGUCGGAUAUCUUGGUCAAGGAGGCUUCUACCGCCUCUUUAAUGCGAUGAGGGAGGCCGAGGACAGUAUACAUAUUGCCGUCCCUCCGAAUUUCAAGAAAUUCCAACUCGGCUUGAUACCAAUCAUCACAGCAAACAAUGUCAUCAAUGAAGGUCCCUUGUUCAGUCAAAAUGUCCGUCGUCUCGAGGUAGGAGGCGGAGCUGGAUCUCAUGGCGUCAACGUCGCCUUUCAAUGCGAAUGUACCGACCAACAAGGCGCGUUGGCUAUCCUCGAUACCCCCGGAAAGCGUGAACUUGUGCAGCAGACUCGCCGAAUGGCCAAAUAUAUGAAGGAGAAUAUAGAUACUUGGCACCGCUGGGCGAACUCAGAUGAGGUAGGCCUCAGCGUCGCUAUCGAAGACAUACUCUUCGUCCGAGGGUGGGUCAAAACGAGUCGUUGGGCCGUCGUAGCCUUCUUCGGUAACAGCAGGCAUGCGAAGCUUACCUUCAACGGCGAUUUGGGCCUGCCUGUCUCUGCCGCAUUUCGGAUUGAGACGCAGAGAGAGACAGCUGCGACAUGUCUCCCUCGCAUAGGACCAGACGACCGUCCCCGGUUGAAUCCGAACAGACCUCUAGGGCCAAAUCAACUGGAAGAGCCUCCAAAUCUUACCCAGGCUCAGAGUCCGCGAAGCAAAAAGAAGAAAGGGAAGGGUCGUGCAGAUGACAUGGACCAACGACGUUCCAGAGAGAUGGACGCUGGCCCGUCCUCCGGACAGUGGGGGAACCAGGUCGCCGGUGCUCAGGAGCAGUAUCCCUCGGACCAGUGUAUGUUUCUACACUACUUCAAGCUGAAGAAGCGCCUGCUGCUGCCCUCGAAGAUCGAAGCUGCCGCCGAACCACAAGACCCGUCUGUGGACCGUGAUGCGGAGGAUGCUAUGGAAUUGAUCGAAGAGGUUCCGCCUCGAGUACCACAAUAUGAUCCUGUCGUCUUCGUGUUGGACUACAUUUUGGAGCAUUCUCAAGCAGACGUCGCAAUCGCAAGUGACUUAGACUUGAUUCGUGUGUGCAAAAGUAAAUUCGAUGGUGAACAUCCGAUUCCCGAUGAUAUACGAGGCUUUCUGGAGGAGGUUCAACCUGACAUCGAAGUGACCGAGGAUGGACUUGGCAUACUAUUAUUCAACGAUGAGGACACGGAAAGGCGUAUCGCCGAGAGCGCAAAUGCGGCGGAUCCUAUGCAUGACGCACAAGCGGCGGCACCACAUCAUGAUGUACAACAAGAAGCCGCUCCACCUGUAGAGGAGGACGUCGACAUGCAAGAUGAAGGUGGAGGGGCUGAUCCCGGAAUAAACGACGACCACCCAUUCAUCCCACCAGAUAACCGUGCGGAGGAGAAGAAGUACGGAGACAGGUCGAACAUCCUGCAUCUCCCGGCGCCAACAGGCAGCGAGCGCAGAGGUGGCAUCUCCGCCCUCGCGUACUCACCAGUAGGGCGGGACAUCGCCGCUGGCUUCGAGAACAACACUAUCAUCAUCUGGAGCGCGAUGAACCACGCUCCAAGACACCAAUUCCAGGACCACGGCGGAGCCGUCUCCUCCCUUGCCUUCUCUCCAGACGGCAACAAACUGGUCUCGGGCGGACGCGACGGACGUGUCAUCAUCUGGGAUCUCAUCGCAGGAGGGAUGAUCAAAUCGAUGCACGCUCACGAAGGCACCGUCGACUGCGUUGCAUAUUCGCCUGACGGCAAGCUGUUCGCGUCAGCGGCUGGCGACUCGGUCGUGAAACUCUGGGAAGCCGAGACCGGCAACUUGCGCGCUAGGACGGACGAGCACAGCGGGAUCAUCAUGGCCGUCGUAUUCUCCCCUGAUAACGAGCGGUUCGUCUCUACGAGCGCGGAGGGCACCGCGCACGUAUGGAGUACGCAUACGGCGUCACACAUCUGUGACCUGCAGGGGCAUGAAGGGGUGAUCUAUACGGUGUCGUACUCUCCCGACGGGAGGAGGCUCGUCACGGGCUCGGACGACGGUACCGCCAGGGUCUGGAGCGCGCUGCUCGGAGACGAAUUCAUGACGCUGAGCGAGGGAGAGGGAGGCUCGGUGUGGGCUGCGACGUUCUCUGCAGAUGGGAGGGUCCUUCACUACGUCGGCAGCGAGCGGGUCAUCAAGACGUUCGACUCUUUCACCGCCGACCUCAUCCACAGCAUAGACUGUGGUGACAAGGUCGCCAUGGGCAUGACGUUCUCCUCGGAUGGCCGCCUGCUCGCCGCCGGGGGCGAGGACCAUGUUGUCACUGUGUGGGACAUGGUGGCGAGGCAGGAGGUCGUACAGUUGAGCGGACACACCGACAACGUGAACUACCUCUCCUUCUCUCACGACCACAAGUUCGUUGCGUCAGCCUCGGACGAUGGUAGCGUGCGCAAGUGGGAACUCCCGGCUUUGGCAGCAGUGGCUUAAUCGGACAUCAGAGUCUCGCUGGGCUUGAUACAAGAUUGGUCCAUGUAUUAUCACUAUGGUUGUGAGUGAUGAUAGUACACGAACGAUAGAUCUAAAGUUCUCCCA